UCUCCAGCCGCGGGCGCCACCGCGGAGGGCAAAGCCGGUGACCGCGCGGGCGGGCCGGAGGAAGCAUGCUGGACUUCGCCAUCUUCGCCGUGACGUUCCUGCUGGCGCUGGUGGGAGCGGUGCUGUACCUCUACCCGGCUUCCCGACAAGCUUCAGGAAUCCCAGGGCUUACUCCAACUGAAGAAAAAGAUGGUAAUCUUCCAGACAUUGUGAACAGUGGAAGUUUGCAUGAGUUCCUGGUUAAUUUGCAUGGAAGAUAUGGGCCUGUGGUCUCUUUCUGGUUUGGCAGGCGUCUUGUGGUCAGCUUAGGCACCGCUGAUGCACUGAAGCAGCAUUUCAACCCCAAUAAGACUUUGGACCCAUUUGAAACCAUGCUGAAGUCACUAUUAGGCUAUCGGUCUGGUGCUGGGAGUGGGAGUGAGGACCACGUGAGGAGGAGACUGUACGGAGAUGCUGUGACGGCUGCUUUGCAGAGUAACUUCCCUCUCCUGCUGAAGCUCUCAGAAGAAUUAUUAGACAAAUGGCUGUCCUACCCAGAGACCCAGCACAUACCUGUGAGCCAGCAUAUGCUUGGUUUUGCUUUGAAGUUUGUCACACGGAUGGUACUGGGUGACACAUUUGAAGGUGAACAGGAAGUCAUCCGAUUCCAAAAGAUUCACGGCACAGUGUGGUCUGAGAUUGGAAAAGGCUUUCUAGAUGGGUCACUUGAUAAAAACACCACUCGGAAAAACCAGUAUCAAGAGGCUCUCAUGCAAUUGGAAGCUAUUUUAAAGAAAAUCAUAAAGGAACGAAAAGGAGGGGACUUCAGUCAACAUACCUUCAUCGACUCCUUAGUACAGAGAAACCUUAAUGAGCAGCAGAUCCUAGAGGACAGUGUGGUGUUCUCUCUGGCCGGCUGCAUAGUAACCGCAAGGUUGUGUACCUGGGCCAUUCACUUCCUAACAACAUCUGAAGAAGUUCAGAAGAAGCUACACAAGGAGGUAGACCACGUUUUGGGGAAGGGUCCUAUUACUUCAGAGAAAAUCGAGCAGCUCAGAUAUUGCCGGCAAGUACUUUGUGAAACCGUUCGGACUGCCAAACUAACUCCAGUUUCUGCCCAGCUUCAAGAUAUCGAAGGAAAAGUGGGUCCAUUCAUUAUUCCUAAGGAGACGCUCGUCCUUUAUGCCCUCGGAGUAGUUCUUCAGGACGCCAGCACUUGGCCAUCACCACACAAGUUUGAUCCAGACCGCUUUGCUGAGGAGCCGGUGAUGAAAGUGUUUUCUUCUCUUGGCUUCUCGGGCACAUGGGAAUGCCCAGAACUGAGGUAAAUGACAAGAUGGCGUUCGGGAAUGAGGGAUGGCAUGCCCAUCUGCUCGGAAUUAGAUGCUCUCUUAAUGAGGCCAAGCUCUGUAAUUCUUAAUGUCAACUUUUUAACCCUUCGUAACCAGUUGGCUCUCUUCCGGACCAGGUUUGCUUACGUGGUGACCACAGUGCUUGUGAGCGUGUUGCUAAAGAGGCUACAUCUGCUUGCUGUAGACAGACAAGUUUUUGAAAUGAAGUAUGAACUGGUCACGUCCUGCAGGGAGGAAGCUUGGAUCACUGUCUCCGAAAGACACUAGACGUUUAUGCACUUAAAGUCUGUUAAGAAUACGAAGGGAAAUGCCCAGUUAGAAUGUGCUGAGUUCCUUUAUAAACCCAGUAUCCUUUUGUGAUAUAAAUUUGGAUUUUUAUAUGUCAAAAUUUCUUAAUGUAUGAUAUAUGUUUAUACUUAUAUUGACAACUUUAAUAGGAAAGUUUGAUUUUCUUUUAAUUUGCAUCAUCGUCUAAGCCAUUUUUUAAUUUUUAUUAUUAUGGGGGGGGGCAAUGGGUUUUGAGACAGGGUUUCUCUGUAUAGCCCUGACUACUCUGGAACUCACUCUUUAGACCAAGCUGGCCUCAAACUCACAGAGAGCACCUGCCCCUGCCUCCAGAGUGCUGGGAUCAAAGUCAUGUGCCACCACCGCCUGGCUAAGCCAUUAUUUUCAAUCUUGAUGUUCUUAGUUUGAUCUCGCAGAUGAGCAGUCUUAGAGAAGUCUUUUGUGCAAGCUGGAGAAUCACGUUUUCUGGAUAUUCAUAAAAGAGAAACACAAUGUUGCUUUUCGCAUUUCUAAUAAAUCACCUAUCA